AAUAAAUAAAAACUGUCAAGAAGUUUUCUCUCUCCUCCCCCGAUCCCUUUCAAGACACCGCCGCGAUGAUCUCCGGCGAAAGAGGCAGCAGGCGGCGAGCGGGGCUCUGAAAACGCUCCUGCGCCCGGCGAGCAGCGGCGCAGCAGAAGAGCGAGGGCGCGAACAACUCCGGAGCAACUUGGGCUGCGGCUAACCCCGCGAACUAAGCGAGACUCCGCGGCGCGGCGCACAUCGGGGCAGGGGUUGGAGCUGCGAGUGCCCGGAGGAUGCCAGCGAGCAAGGCGCCCUACGCUACCCCCGGCCUGAGUGUCCCUCGCUGAACAGCUGGGGCUGGGAAGGAGCCGGGAUCACCGCGGCGAUGAACAGCUCGCGGGCCUGGCUCAACGCGUCCGGCGGCGAGGCCGGCUGGCAGCCCGAGUCCGUGCUCAUCCCGCUGGUGUACGGGCUCAUCUUCCUGCUGGGCACGGUGGGCAACUCGCUGGUGCUGGCCGUGCUGCUGCGGAACGGGCAGGUGAAUAACACCACCAACCUCUUCAUCCUCAACCUGGGCGUGGCCGACCUGUGCUUCAUCGUCUGCUGCGUGCCCUUCCAAGCCACCAUCUACACCCUGGAGGGGUGGGUCUUCGGGCCCUUCCUGUGCAAAGCCGUGCACUUCUUCAUCUACCUGACCAUGUACGCCAGCAGCUUCACCCUCGCCACCGUCUCCCUGGACAGGUAUUUGGCCAUUAGAUACCCUUUGCAUUCUAGAGAACUCCGAACCCCCAGGAACGCACUCACAGCCAUUUGCCUCAUCUGGGGUCUUUCCUUUAUUUUCUCUGGCCCGUACCUCAGUUACUACCAGGAGUUCCAGAUGGCCAACCUGACCGUCUGCCAUCCCAUCUGGAAGAUCCCCCAACGCAAGAUCAUGGACAUCUGCACCUUCAUCUUCAGCUAUGUCAUCCCAGUGCUGAUCCUUAGCCUCACCUACAUGAGGACUAUCCGUUACCUCUGGACAUCCGUGGACCCCAUUGAAGACAUGUCCGAAUCCAAAAAGGCCAAGCGCAAGGUCACCAGGAUGAUCAUCAUUGUAGCUGUCCUCUUCUGUCUCUGCUGGUUGCCCCAUCACCUGAUCAUCCUGUGCGUUUGGUUCGGCUAUUUUCCCUUCAACCAUGCCACCUACGUGCUCAGGAUCCUCUCACACCUGAUCUCGUACUCCAACUCCUGCGUCAACCCCAUUGUUUACGCCCUGGUCUCCAAGCAUUUCCGCAAGGGCUUCAAGAAGAUCUUCAACUGCCUCUUGCACAAGAAGGUGGCCAAUAAGGUACAUGUGGCACAGGUGACCAACACUGUCAGCACCCUGGAGGCGGAUCUGACUGAAGUGACGCACAUCAGCGAGCCCCCUCCUGCCAGGUCCUUCACCAGCUGCCAGAUCCCAGGCCAGCCAUGGGGGGAGACGGAGCAGCGAGGGCGCCAGCAGAAAAUAGCCAACUCCUUCAUCACCUUCAAUGUCACUUAGUGGAACUUCUUUCCUAUUGGCUUUGAAAAAAAAUAUCUUCUGACUCUAGGGCAGUGUCACGUGGACCUGGGUAGGACUGAACUUUGGCUUUAAUGUACUGCUCACAGGAAUCUCAGCUUUUAAAAUGCUGCUGCUUGCUAGCCUCUCAGCCACCACGUGAAUGAUUAAGACUGCUAUGUGGAAUGUGCUUUCAUUGCCCUCCUCUUGGCAUCAUCACAUAGCUGCAGUGAUCAAAACCUAUGUUCCCCAAACCAAUUCCUACACGUGCUAGCAUGCGGCCCCCCACUUCGUUAUAAUGGUCAGGCAGUGUGUAUGUGGGGAAGUGCUGGAGGGGGUUAGAUUGGAAACAACUUAUUUUAUUUCCUUUGAGGAAGAAUUUUGCAUCUUUGAUAGUCUUACAGAGCCACUUGGCUGCAGGAGAAUGGCCUGUGGGAGCCAUUUAUAGCUUCCCUCACUAGCCUCAGCCUUAGAACAUUCUCUCCAGAUUGCUCUGCACUUCUAAAAUGGAGAUCCUGCUUCGGUGCACAUGGCCGACUGAGGAAGCUCGUUGCUGCGCUGGUAAAAGUCAUUCCAUUAUAACAGCCAAAAAAAGGGGAGUGGCUUGCUGAAUGACCGUUCUGCUGUCACAUGGGAGUGGGGGACAGGUUUCAGAGGGUUUGUAUAGAAAGGCACAGGAAGAAAGCUCAGUUCUCACAGGUUCUCCUUCUGUGAUCUCACCUUUUUGCAGGAGUCUGUUGCCGUGGCAAUGACGAUGAUGUUGCAAAUGCAGCAUUAUGAGCCUGGUUCUUCUGUGCCAGGCCCCUGGUGUGGUCACUUGCACCAGUGCAAAGGGCAUGUAAAUGGCAGCCAGCCUGAUUGGUGUAAAUAGCAAUGCAAGGUGUGGGUGGAGAAGUUGUCACAGUGGGAUUGACAAGGAGGAGAACAUGUGCAGAAGGACAAGUGGGUUGAAACAUAAAAGUGCUCUAGUCUUCUUCUGCAAGCAGAAAGGGACCAGUACAGCUGGAACCUGGGCAGGGGCACAGAAGGGGAGAUUUCAAUAGAGUUACACUAGCAUAACAAACAAGAAUUUGACCAACUCCCUUUGGUAUCAUGUUGAGUUUGCAGGUUCUUCAGACCCAACCGAAUGGCUAUACUCACAUCUGGACUUCUAAAGGCCAGAUUCUGUGGAGUGAGUCCACUGAAACCAGUGAAGUUCCUUGGCUGAAAAGAA